AAAAAGGAUGCUGCUCUUGAAAGCAUCCGGAAGCGUUCUCUUAAACGACUGCAGCUAAAGCCUUUUAAUGGACGUCCUCUAAUCCUCGGGUGCACUUUCCAGUCCGCAAGAGGAGCUGACUCACCCCCCUGUCACCUCCUACCUGGAGGAGGGCGCUCUUUAUUCAGUUUCCAUCCUCCGUGGAGAGGCUGCGGCGUGCUGGUCCAGGCUAGACGAAGAGCUGGGUACUUCUCCAAGUGCUCAUCAUCCGUCCUCCGACAGGCCGCAGCAGCACUGUGAGCAUCACCGCAUCACAUCCACUCGACAUGGACUUCACCAUCCGCGCGGCCAACCUGGACGACUGCAAGGACAUCGCGCGGAUGAUCGUGGAACUGGCAGAGUAUGAGAAACUGGCAGAGCAUGUGAAAGUGACCCAGAAAGACUUGGAGCAGGAUGGCUUUUCCAAGAACCCGUUCUUUCAUGGGAUCAUCGCUGAGGUGCCAGAACAGCACAAAACCAAAGAAGGGCACACAAAGAUCGGCUAUGCACUUUACUUCUAUUCCUACAGCUCCUGGUCAGGCAGAGCCAUUUAUAUGGAGGACUUGUACGUGAUGCCUGAGUUCAGAGGGAAAGGCGUUGGUAAAGCACUAAUGAGCAAGGUGGCACAGCUGGCUCUGGCUGCUGGUUGCCACCAGCUCAACUUCACCGUCCUGGACUGGAACAAACCAUCGAUGGACUUUUACCUCAGCCAGGGCUGCUUCGAUAUCACUGCUACCAUGGGUUACCACUGCCUGCGCUGCGAGGGGGAGGCUCUGCAGCACCUGGCUCAACCUUAACUCAACCCUCGUGACCUUUCGUGACCUUCGCAGCCAUGAGGUCAGCCCACACACUGCAGGGAUGGAGCACCACUCAGUGGCCUCUUUCCAAAACUUGACAAGCUGAUUUUUAUUGACUGUUUGCUAAUCCCUGCCUCCCUUAACUACAACAUUCUAACUUUAAAGCCAUUUAGCAAUGUGUUGCAUAUUUACUAUAACAUUUUUCACCAUUUUUAUGCAGCAAAUGUCACCUACAUGUUGGUAACUAGCCUUUACCUUACGGAUCACUUAAAGUGGGUAGAAACACACCCCUACCACAGUAUAAUAUUUAAGAGAUAUAACUUUUAAAAUACCUGUCAUUUUAAUGGAGAGAGACAGAAUACAUAUGACGUAAAAGUUCUAAACUGAGUUGCAUAUUUUCAUUGACUGAAAUAAGUAUUUGAUCCCCUACAACCCAGGCAGAAUUCUGGCUCCCACAGAUUGGCUGUGUGACUAUGUGGCACACGGAUUACAGUCAACCAAUGAAUCAGUGAUUCCACAUUUCAGUCUCUUCACCACCAUGGACAAGAACAAAGAUCUGUCAAAGGAUGUCAGGAACAAGAUUGUAGAGCUGCACAGGAAUGGGAUGGGCUACAAAACUAUCAGAAAUAGAAGACAUACAGUAUAAAAGAACCAUCAGUCAGCCUCAGCCUGGAUCUCCAUGCAAGGUCUUGCCUCAUGAGGUGAGGGUAACCAUGAGACAGGUGGUAGACCAGUGCACUAUUAAAGAUCUGAAGGCAGUUGGGACCAGAGUCACCAAAAACACCAUUGCUAACACACUACUCUCUAAUGGAUUGAAAUCUUGCAACACUUGCAAGGUCCUUCUGCUCAAGAAGGCCUGACUUAAGUUUGUCAGCUGAAUGUUUCAGUGAAAGCUUGGGAGAAAGUGCUCUGGUCGAACAAAACAAAAAAAUUGUAUCUUUGGCAUCAACUCGACCUGCCAUGUUUGGAGGAAGAGAAAUGCUGAGCAUGACUCAAACACCACCAUCCCCACAGUAAAGCACGGAGGUGGAAACAUUAUGCUACAGCUAAAGGUACAGGACGACUUCACUAUACUGAGGGGCCAAUGGACCGUGAAAUCUUGGGCAAGAACUUUGUUCCCUGAGUCAGAACACUGAAAUGAGUCAUGGAUGGGUCUUCCAGCAAAAAACACACAAAAACCCACCAAGAUAAAAAGGAGUGACCUACACCAGUGUUUCCCAACGUUUUGGAGCGAUAGCACAUAUUUCACAUUAGAAAAAGCACACGGAACACCACCAAACAAAAAUGUCACAAAGAGCAUAUUGAUCAUUUUCCCCUGCGCACUAGGUACAGUGGAAUUGGCUCGGUUUGUCCCCAGUAUACCUGUUUUUUCUUUUGACCACUGCUAGGGCCUUCAUCUGGGUCGGAAUUUUCUCCAGGACCCAGGUCAGAUUGACUACUUUUUCUUUUCAGAUAUUUUCUAUUGCCUGCAUUGUCUCACAGCACGACUAUUAUGUAAUUUCCUCUUCUUCUGUUUUACUGGCAGUUGGCAACACAUUUAAUUAGAGCAGGUAGUUGUACUGCCCUCCAGUGGAAGAGGAUGUAAUUGUUCUGCCUGUUACUGACGCUGAUUGCUUGGAGUACUAAUCAGGUGGAACCAGAUAACAGUGGUUGGGAGACACUGACCUAGACAGCAGUUUAAAAAAAAGUAUUUAGAGAGUUUCCGUGAAGAGGAGUGGGCCAAAAUCUCUCCUGAGACGUGGGCAAACCUGGUGACCAACUACAAGAAACAUCUUACUGCUUAUUUCACUCAGUGACAUGCAAAUACAUUUAGAAAUGUUUAAUCUGCUGGAUGUUUGGUUGAUAUUUUGUCUCUCUCCAUUAAAAUGAAACUACCAUCAAACUAGAGACUAUGUGAGACUAAGUGAGCAAACUUACAAAUUCAGCAGGGGAUCAGACAUUUAGUUCCCCCACUUAUAUGAAUGACAUAAAAUUAAUUGUCUGAUUUAGUUGCAGUAACAUUUUGCCUCUCAGACAGCGGCUGCUCCACCCAUGAUUUGAGGAUUUUUCUAAUACAGUGUGUAACGCCAUAGAAUAAAACAGUCAGCUAGUUACAGUAUCUACAUUCCUCCUGAACACCAACAUUACACAUAUUCCAGAUGAUGUUUUGCACAUUUAGUGCCUAUAGAAAAAUUACACCAUGCCUGAAUUUCACUAGAAACUUGUGAAAUGUGAGGCUCUCUGGUCUUCUCCGGUACCUGUUGACGAGCACUGGAACAACUCUGCACCGUGGAGAAACUGGCCAAUCACUAUGCCGAGCAGGGAUUUUGCAAAUGGUCAUUUACUUUUAUGUUGAAAAGAAUAUGCAGUGUCAAGUGUUGGAAUGGGGAAGAAAUGUGUGCAAUACAUUUAAAAAGUACAAUACAGAGACACUGAAGCUGUUCUGUGUUUUCCUCGUGUGACGUGUUAAGAUUUCUGUGAUAAAUGAUGAAACAUUUAGACAACAGGGUGUGAUACAUGUGUAUGUAGUGACAUUUUUAGACAACUUGUGACCUAAAGUAUAAGAUAUGAUCCGAAUUUUGUUGGGUUUUUUUAUGCACAAAGAUCCUGAAAAAUCUUAUGCAUUGCAACACUAAGAGAUAUGUUCAGUGUACGACUGUUUUAAAAGUUUUUUGUAUCUUAUCCCUUUAAAUUUACUCUAACGACAGCAACCAAAGAGUCAGUCACCUCUGCCUCUCGUCUUCCAGAUGAGGAGCGCUGCGAAGCUGUUGUGAAGCACAGCGUUGGUAUUUGCACUGUUUUCUUCUUUUUUUUUUUUUAGCUGUUUAUGUGUGUUGAGUUCUUGUGAUGAGAGUGUGCGCUAAAGGAAUCAGCUGGACUCAGACUAAAACCUCCAUCUUUGCAGCCAGACGUGCGGGACUGGUUUCAAAGACCUGGACGAAGCCUCGAGUCAAACAAAAACAAUCCAUCUGGUCGAAUUUGAAAACUAAGAGAAAAUCUUGGACCGGGCUCAGUGCACGUCUUUGAACCUGUCUCGCUAAAAUGAAAGCGGCGUAAUUCUGGUCUGCACUUCUGUUUUAUAUUCAGUCUCAAUUUUUUUUUCUCAGAGAGGGCUUCUUUCCAGCAGUUUAAUGAAAACAGGCUGAGCUGGAGGUUAUAUUUGGUUUGUUUUCUUUCUCUCUAAACAAGUAGAAACCACUGACCAUUCUUUGUUACUUUUUGCAAUUUGCAUUUACAAAGUAAUUCACUCUGGAAUGCGCAGUAUUUUAUUUUAUUUAUUUAGUUAGCUAUCCAUCUUUGGGACAUCGAAAUAUUGCAUGUCUAAUGUGCAAAAUCUGCAGCCUACCUCAGUUUUGCAAAGUAAAUCUUUGUGCUGUUACAAAGUGCAUUUCCACAAAAAUCCACGCCGAGUCCAAGGGAUCACGAGGGGAUCAUUAUGUCUUAUCUGCAGCUUCCCAUCAGAAUUUCAGACCAAGCGCUAUAAAUUAUUCAGUCUCAAACUGUUUUCCCAACAUGGAUUUCCCAAAGCACUUCAAAUCAAAGUUCAGCCCUUGUUCCUGUCAAUCACGACUGCAGUAAAUCUCAGAAGAGACGCUUCGUGCAUAAAACAGCAGCUCACCAGUUUAAUAUUUUUUAAGAUGUUUCCUCAGUUUUUAGUGUGUUGGAUGUGUGUGUGAUUACAACACUGUGUAAUAGCAGAGGAGGCAACCAUGAUGCAUUCUCACUUCCACAGCUGUGCGGCCGUGUUAUCCAGUGUACCAUAAGAGCUCGUAUUCAGUGUUCCCGGUGAGGUCGGUGUCGUUAAUGUCCUCAUAUUUCCGAUGUCGUGUGUGAAAUGACCGAAAAUAAAAGUUCUGUGGAAACCUUGUGAA